AUGGCUGGUAGAGGUCGCGGUUGUGGCCGCGGCCGCGGUCAUGCUGGAGCAGCAAGGCCUGCACGGUCGUCGUCGUCUGCGAUGUUGUCUUCUGAGGGGGAGUGGGAGUUCGAGUUCAUCAUCGUCCUCAAUAGCGACCCAAUUGGCAUCCAAAGGCUGCCGGACAAGUUUGCCGAGUUCAUCGCCGGCAACGAGCUAGCCGCGCUGCACCUGCGGGAGGCUGGCUGCGGCUUUUGCCGGUGGUCGAUGGACGUGCUCUUCGGCGGACGUGGCAAUAUGUACCUCCACACCAGCUGGGAGAAGUUCACGCGCUUCCAUGACCUCCAUGCCGGCCGCGUGCUCACAUUCUCCUACCAAGGCGACGAGCAGAUGAGCGUGAAGGUGUUCGAUGACACGUCCUGCCGCCGGCACUACCACGACGAUGAUGAAGAGGAGGAGGACGAUUGA